AUGGUGACUGAUACCUGGUUGAUCACCAGAAUAGAAGUUUUACUAGAAAAGCCAGUGCUGAUCUCAUGUAUUGUCAGUUCUACACCAGCAAAACGUCAUCUUUUCCUCCAUCCUCCUCUCCUUAUUCCCCUUCAUCAUCAUCUUCAUCUUCUUCACCUUCAUCCCCAUCCCCUUCUUUUGAAAGUAGAACAGAAAUAUAACAAACUUCGCCAACCAUUUUUUCAGAAGAGGUCAGAAUUGAUCGCCAAAAUCCCAAAUUUUGGGGUAACAACAUUUGUCAACCAUCCACAAGUGUCUGCACUGCUUGGGGAGGAAGACGAAGAGGCACUGCAUUACCUGACCAGAGUUGAGGUGACAGAAUUUGAAGAUAUAAAAUCACGUUACAGAAUAGAUUUUUAUUUUGAUGAAAAUCCUUACUUUGAAAAUAAAGUCCUCUCCAAAGAAUUUCAUCUGAAUGAGAAUGGUGAUCCAUCUUCAAAGUCAACUGAAAUCAAAUGGAAAUCUGGAAAGGAUUUGACGAAACACUCAAGUCAGACACAGAAUAAAGCCAGUAGGAAGAGGCAGCACGAAGAGCCAGAGAGCUUCUUUACCUGGUUUACAGACCAUUCUGAUGCAGGUGCAGAUGAGUUAGGAGAGGUCAUCAAAGAUGAUAUUUGGCCAAAUCCCUUGCAGUACUACUUGGUUCCUGAUAUGGAUGAUGAAGAAGGAGAGGGGGAAGAUUAUGAUGAUGAUGAAGAAGAAGAGGAUUGGAAGUUAUUUCAGAUUUUCAAACAGUGA